AUGAAGUGAGUGAACCGAAGGGAAGUGAUCGUUGUUGUGUUUAUAUUUUGAUUUUGCUCGCUUUAAGCUUUCCUGCUUGUAUUUCUAGGAUGGAAAGUCUUCGCUUUAAAAAGAUUGCUGUUUAUUAAAAUUAAACAAAACCUUUUCCACACUAAAGUAUACAAAUUAACCAUGCAAAUAAACGAAAGCGAACAGAAGUCGGAGCUUCCUGUAGUGGAGAACCAGACUCAAUUGGAAAAGUCCCCUUCACGCCAGAAGUUGGAAAGUUGGCUGAACCGCAACAUGCGCAUUGAGAUGACUGAUGGACGAACCCUGGUUGGGAUAUUCCUUUGCACAGACAGGGAACGCAACAUCAUCUUGGGAUCUUGUGCAGAGUACUUACAGCUCUCCGAAGGAGAAGGCGUACCUGAGGAAGAACCUCGUGUUUUAGGGUUGGCCAUGGUUCCUGGGCAUCACAUAGUGUCCAUACAGGUUGACUUGAGUCAAGAUGCCCAAGUACUCUGAACAAAAAAAAAAGUGUUAUUGCUGUCAUUUUCUCAUUCUGAAGUUUACCAGUUUCAUUGCAUAAAAUUCCAAACUGUUAUGAAUAAAAUGCAUGUAUAGUUCAUUAAAACAAUAAAGUUUUUAUUA